AUGUCAAUUUGUGAUCAAAAUAAACAAAUAUAAAAAUUGAACCUUUUACGUAACUACUAACUGCUCCAUUUUUUUUCCUCUAUUAUUUAGAAUAGUUUUUGCAUUUAAACGUGUGACCACUAAAGUGUUUCUGUUAUGUGCAAUCAUUUUGCUUAUUUUUGUUAUUUUGCGAAUCCUUGCUCUUUUAAUCUCCGUUGAUAAGAUAACCUUCCGGAAGGUCGUUACGUCAGUAAUAAAAAACAAUUACAGUUGAUUAAAAUCAGUGUGUAUCUUAAAUACUAUCGGAGAAACAUAUAUUAAAGCAGACGACUGUUUACAAGUUUGCGAGCGCACGUACGUAUCGAUCGGCUUGGUGCGCGGCGGCAAACACCAACCGGUUUUGUGAUUUUUUUUACCCAGUGUCCUGUGCUUUUAAUUUCCCACCAUCAAUACCGAUUAAGUGCAAUAUAUUUUUGGUUGAUUUAUUAGUUGAUAGUGCGUGGUGCAUGAUAAACGAAACAGUAAGUGACGUAAUCCGAGUAGUAAAAUUGAUUAGGCAGCAUGUCACAAGUGAAGUUAGUAAGCCGCGCUAGUCGCGUACUGGCCGGCGUCGUGCGACGUUCCGAGUUAGCAGAAAUCAAUUUUUUUAAGCCUUCCUGUACCGUUCGCACCAUGGCAUCGAAAGCAAUUACCAUUGACAACAUCAACCCUAAUAUUUUGAAGUUGGAAUAUGCAGUGCGAGGUCCAUUGGUGAUUCGCGCUGCGGAAAUCGAAAAGGAGCUGGAGAAGGGUGCGCAGAAGCCUUUCAAGCGGGUGAUCAAAGCCAACAUCGGAGAUGCGCACGCCAUGGGACAGACCCCCAUCACAUUCAUCAGACAGGUCAUAUCUUGCGUCACAUCCCCGGAGCUGAUCGAGAAGGGAGACUACCCUGAAGACGUGAAACAACGUGCGAGAGAAAUUCUUGGCGCGUGCGGCGGCAACUCAGUGGGAUCAUACACAGCAUCCCACGGCAUCGAGUACAUCCGCCGGCACGUGGCGGAGUACAUCGAGCGGCGCGACGGACACCCCGCCAACUGGGAGGACAUCUGUCUCUCGUCCGGCGCCUCCACCGCCAUCAAGAACUGUCUGCAGCUGUUGUGUAACAACAUCGGCGGGAAACCUUCCGGCGUGAUGAUACCUAUCCCGCAAUACCCGUUAUACUCGGCGUCAUUAGCGGAGUAUGGGUUGGAGCAAGUGGGAUACUACUUGGACGAGGACCACCAGUGGGGGCUGGACAUUGAGGAACUCGAGAGGGCGUUAGCGGACGCGUCGAAGAACUGCAAUGUGCGGGCUCUGGUGGUGAUCAACCCUGGCAACCCUACUGGGCAGGUGCUGACGCGCGACAACAUCGAGUCGAUAAUAAAGUUCGCGCACAAACACAAGCUGUUCCUGUUCGCGGACGAGGUGUACCAGGACAACGUGUACGCGGAGGGGAGCAAGUUCUUCUCUUUCAAGAAGGUGCUGCGAGAAAUCGGCUCUCCAUUCGACGACAUCGAGCUGGCGUCGUUCAUGACGGUGAGCAAGGGCUACAUGGGCGAGUGCGGGCUGCGCGGCGGCUGGAUGGAGCUCGUCAACCUCGACCCACACGUGCAGGCGCAUCUCUACAAGUGCAUCAGCGCCAUGCUCUGCCCCUCCACGCUGGGCCAGACCGCCGUCGACUGCGUUGCGCGGCCGCCGCUGCCGGGCGAGGCGUCGUACGAGCUGUGGAUCCGCGAGAAGACCGCCGUCCUCGACUCCCUCAACAAACGCGCCAAGAUGAUCGUCGACACAUUCAACCAGAUGGAAGGGUUCAAAUGCAAUAUUGUGCAGGGCGCGAUGUACGCGUUCCCGCGGUUCGAGUUGCCGCCGAAGGCGAUCAAGGCGGCCGCGGCCGAGGGCAAGACGCCCGACACGUUCUACGCCUUCAGGCUGCUCGAGGAGACCGGUAUCUGCGUGGUGCCCGGCAGCGGGUUCGGACAGCGUCCCGGCACCUACCACUUCCGCACCACCAUCCUGCCGCAGCCCGAACUCCUCAAAGAGAUGCUGGACAUCUUCCAGGCCUUCCACAAGAAGUUCACCGCCGAGUUCUCGAACUGAACCACUACUUAGUUAAAUUAAUUGAUAUUUUCUAUACUUGCAAAAAUACCGCAUUGUUCUAUUGUAGUAAAGAAGUGUCUAUAUAAGUGCGAUGGAAACCAAAUAUAAUUACGAUCAGCUGUAAUAGUCAACAUUACGCUCCCGGUGCGUAUUGAGUGCAUUUGACAUAGCCAAUCAGAUUGCUGGAAUUGUGGUCACGUGAUCUGUCACUUGUAGAAUACAUCAGUGCGGUGUUCGUUGGAAAGUAUUUUUGUAUUAUUUGAAUGCACUAUCACACAAUAGAUAUAAUUUCAAUUUGUAUGCUCUGUAUGGGGACGGAUCAGGGUCUAAUGGGUACUUAGUAAUACUGGGAUAUGAGUAAAAAUUUGUACAGAUACACAAAAGUCUGGUGGAUUUAAUUCUUCUAAGACGUUAAUGGCGAUAGCAACUAGAUUUUAGAAGCCUUUGGAAUUUUUCUGACCGUACAAAACCUACAUACCCAAAACAACUUACCGUUGUAUUUUUCUAACGACAAUGUUUGCAAUCCAAUCUGCCUAUGUAGUAUAUUUAUUUGGCUACAACAUGGCAGCCUAUUAUAUCAUCUGAACAGGAUUUUUUUACAUAUCUUUAGUAUUGUCCUAUCCAAGCAAAAACUUAUGUUCCUAAGAUCAUAUUGAAGUUUUAAACGCGGACCACGGAUUAGUCUUCAUACAUUUUUGUUCUAAUUUUCUUAUGUAAGGUUUGUGAUAUUGCCGAGAGAUACUAAUGGAUGCAUCACCACUUCAUUUUUUUUUAAGUUUUAUGUAAUUCAAUUAUAAGUGACACGGAAUUUGUGUUUAAGACAAAAUAAUGAAAUGUAGCCGAGAAUAUUUCGGAUACUUAAUAGUUCAAGCGUGUACCGCGAGAUGGCGUUAUUAAUGUUAAAUUAAUUUUAAAAUUAUGUAUCAUUUUUCUUUUAUUUCGAUCGUUUCUACCUCGAUUGUAUUUUUAAAAUGUUUAUUUAAUUUAAUUUAUGAAAAAUCUGUUUUUUUUUACACUAUAAAUUUAUUUUUAUAUUAUUAAUGAUAUUCUCUGUGUCACAUUUAUUUAUAAGUAUGUUUAUUAUUUGUAUGAUAUUAUUUUUAUUAUUUCUAGUCGUAACUUGGUUGGUCGUCCGACGUCCAGCUAUCGAACAUUUAGGAAUGACUCUGCAGGUUUAUACUCAGUUAAACCAAAAGACAUAUAAUAAGUUAGCUCGUAAAAAGAGGUUGUGUAUUCGAACUUAAGGCUUCUUAUGGGUUGGUAGUAGUGAGUCGUUGAGCUGGCAGGAGGCAUCUUUUUUAUGUAAGGAACUGAAUAAAAAAUAAUCCCUCACCUUACUGGAAUCUCAAAAUGCGAGUAAUGUCAUCCACAAAUACUGCAACUUGCAUGCAAGAAUACCGCGCAUUUAAAUCCUGCAAUAGCUGACCAGUCCAGCGGCACUCACUCGUUACAGAGCCAUUAUUCUCGAAAUUUAAUCAUAAAACACCCCUGCAUUAUCACAAUUUUCUUAUAAACCUUUGCAUUUCUUUGAUGUGUUCAGAGUCGAAAAUGUAUUAAUAUGUUAAAAAGGCAGUUUUUUGUUUAUAAAAUAUAUAUAUUUCUUUUUAAAUACAAGUGCCAUUUACUUGUUAUAUGAUGAGAAAUAUUUUGUCUCUAAAAUGAUAUCUGAGUUGCAGCUUGAUAACUAAAAAUAUGGGCAUACACCAGGCUACUGCGACACAGAGCUUUGUGUCGGCUUGUUACCAAUGAUAUUACAAUGACGUCGCUAGAAGUUGCUGCGAUGGUAUGAAAGUUGAGCAAAAACCAAUCGAUAGCGUAAAAGCAAAUGUAAGUUAGCUUAGCUAUGUUGGUCACACUCAACUUUGUUCAUAUUGCAAGUUCGACGCAUCGUCUAGUGACGUCGGGAGUUCGACACGACGCCACCUGACGUCAUGUUUGAUGCGACGUCGAGUUACGUUGCUGAAAUUUGUUUUACGACGUCACAAUAUGUGGGCCGUAAGGUUAAAUCAAUUUUAUUAUUUUGUAUGUAUGUAUAGAAUCAUUCUAGCCCUUAUACUACUUAUUAUCCAACAUACAAUGUUCUGUAAGUUUUAUAUUAUUAUUUGUAACUUGUGACGCAAUCGAAUGUGUGGUCACUCCUUGCGGAAUUUAUAGAAGUUUGUUAAUUUUCAAUUUGUUACCAUUGUUAUAUCGAAUAAAUUAAUACAAAGAAAA